AUGCGCCGCCUCUCCCACGACCUUGCGGAGCCUAAGCGCAAUAUCGAAGAGUCCAACGGUGCGCCCUCGGACCAUGAAAUGGAAGAUACACUCGAUCUCUCCAUGCCUCCUCCCGAUGAGGAAGACGAUGUCCUAGAUGACGACUCGAGAAUUUAUACACCACCUCCCCACAUUGCCGCUCGCUUCUAUCGCCCGACGCAGGCUCGCCGCAGAGAUUCGGCUGCCUCGUCGCGCCGCAACUCAAUCUCGUCUGCUCACUCGCGAUGCUCUUCUAUUCAACCAUCAAGUCACCGUGGAGGUGAACAGAGCAAGCAUGUUGCACAACAUCUUCGCCGCGCCUCUUUUCUAGAGGACCGCAGGGCGCGACUUGCCGAUCGAGCGGCGCAUGCCGAAAAGGUUCGCCUUCGAGCGGCCCUGGCUAAAGCGACCCAUCGAGAUACUUCACUAUCGGAGGAGCGAGCCAUAGCGGCACAGCAGGCCAGGGAGCGCAAUUUGGCAGAGAUUGUCGCUAAUUGUGCGGAUGAGGUUAAGAAGGCAAAGCAGGUUGCCGAAUUUAUGAAAGAAAAGCGAGAGCAGGAUAUUUCUCGGCUGAAGGCUCAGAUCGAGGAGCGCAUGGCUGAGGCAGAAAGACGAAGGGAAGAAUUACGAACAAAAAAUGCGUCUAAGCGGAGUCGUGGGCAGAGUAUCAUGGCAAGAAAGCCCACAGACCCCAUGCCCGAUGUCGAGCAAGAGAGACGCAAGCCCACGGAAGAUGAGGCCGCAAGGAGUAUCCAAUGGUGGUGGCGUGGCUGCCUCCGAAAGAGAGCCAUCUCCGAGUUCAACAAUCUUGGCUUGACCGUGGAUGGCAUUAGAGAUACACACUUCGAUACUGUCGUUGAGCUCCUGGCUCAAGAGCGGGUUCUUGUCAUUACGGCACAGCUGCUUAGACUUUGUGGUCUUGAGGAGGGUGAAACUGGUUCGGUUGGCGAGAUGACAGCCGUUCGCACGUUUCUUAGUGCCUUCUUGAUCCUUGGCCACCCCAAUCAAGUUCUCAGCAACAAGAACGACAAUGGCGAUGAAGACGUUGCGGAUGCUCUCACUUCUCACCGAUUGCCUUCUACCGACCUUGCCAAUCCUCAGUUACAAGACUUGGUAGGCAAGGCGCGAGACUUGCUUAUUUCUUUUGAGAACACCCUUUCUCGCUUGACGUCCGCCAACAAAUACACCAUGCCACCUGCACUCAAGAAGAAACUUCCUGAGGCGUAUGCCACUUUCUACAAUGCUUUCAUCGCUUGGAAAUCUCGCGACUCUAAUGCAUUGAUUGAGGUCAUGCUUAUGCAGUUUGUCGAACUUGACGCAAUCUAUCAUACCGUUAAGGACACAACUGACGAUGCUGCCACAGCUCUUUACAAGAAGAGCAUCCAAGACAACCAGUUGAUGCUCAUUGUUAGGAUCAAGAAAUUAGCAGGUGCAGAAAAGGGCAAAAACAUGAUCUUCAACGCGGUUGCUGAAGCUCGCAAAAGUCGACUUGCCAAGAAGAAGACUGGAGACACAAAGCCCCGUGUGGCUGAGAACGCACCCGGAGAAGCAUCUGAGACAGCCAAAAGUCUGGUCUCACCCGAGUCUCAAACGCUGACUCCUCCUGCAACACCAGCCAGCAAAGCUCAGGAGAAGGCUCCUGCGCCCAAGACCGGCCUCAAUGGCCUGUUACCUAAUAACAGGAUUGUGGUGCAUGAGCUGGCCAUCAAUAAGGAAUAUCAGCUCUCGCCUGACGAAUACCGAGAACAGCAGUCGGAACGUUCGAAGUUUAUAUAUACGAAGAUGCGGACCACUAUGACAGAUGACGACAGUGGCAUCAAUUUCCAGGUUUUCGCUCUUAUCGCGAGCUACAUCAAGGAAAGGCUCCAGCGCCUGCUCAAGCCGGGUAACUCCAUGUAUAACCUCAUCGGUGAAAUUCUGGACCCCGAGAUGGCAGAGCGGCAAUUCGCCCUCGGCAACUUUUCAUAUGAGAAAUUCUUCACUGCGAUGUCGUCACUUCUACCUAAACUAUGUGCCCCUUUUCGCGAUGAAGAGGUUCAGGACUUGAUCCAGAACAAACUGGCAGACGGCGACAUCAUCGAUCGAGUUGAGGCCCUCAACGGGUUCAUUGAUGUGAUGCUCUGCGACUACAUCAACUAUCUUUUGCGAAGUGCUGCACCUCAGCUUAUCCAAUCCGCGGCGCCAUAUGAAGCCAAGAGGUUCGCCGAGGAUAUUGAGAAAGGUCAGCUUGGCCUCGCAGCAGCCGAGGCGACCUGGAAGACUUCCCGAGCAAAGGUUCUUGCAGAAGUUCAGAAGAGGGACCCAGAGGGAAUCAACCAUCCGAGGUCGCGACCGAAUGCUGGAAAGUUCUAUGCGCAGAUGCUCGUGGACAUCUUUACCAGGAUCUCUCCCCCACCCAUUGAGGAGAUUCCAGAGAUGCUUCGUCUGGAUUACAACCGCAUCGCCCAAGUCUCUACCACUAUUCAGCGGGUUAUCACCGCUGGUGCUGUUCUGCUGCAGUGCAAGAACCUCUUGAAGCGAGACGUGCGGUCUUCAUGGAAGAUGGAAGCGACUCGCAUCAUGGCUGUUCUCGAGGCUGGUCAUCCUCUCCAAGCUACCGUGGACGGCGUCAUGGCUGCCCUUGAAUCUGGACGGUCCAUGCCGACGGCGACCAAGAGCCACCUCCGCGCUCUUGUUACCAAGGUUCUGACUGCCAGUCAAGACAUGGCACAGACUGGAAACGAGCCUAGAGAACCUGUCCUGCGACUUUUGCUCACCCGUCUUCGUAGCAAUAUCCUUGCCCGCCUCGCUGCAGGAUCAGCCAGUGAGAAGGUCAAGGCAGCCAACACGGCUGGCGAGAAGCUAGCCGGUCUCGGACUUUCUGAGUUCGUUGAUCGAGUUAGAGAGAUUUCGAACUUACUGGAGAAGAUUGGAACGGUUGACAGGGCAGCGCAUGGGCCUUGGUGGGAUGCCGUGGCAACAAAGGUUGAGCAAGACGAGAUGUCGGCAUAG